ACGCUUUUUCUUUUACACAGUGAGAAUUACACUCGGACACACACACACACACACACACUUCAAGUACAGUAGAGCUAUAGAUUCUCUCUCUCUCUCUCUCUCUCACACACACACACACACACACAGAAGCUCGCCGGCGAAUAACUUUCACCGGCGGGAGGUUUUCCGAAUUCAAUUCGAUAUCAUUUCCGCCAAAUCUCUCCACGAGAGAAGAAUUCAAUUCAAAAUCAUUCUCAACAGACACACACAGACGUAUAUGAACACUCAGCUGCGCUUAAACCCAGCAAAUCGAGAUUUCCGCGCUCCCGCUCCAAUUUCGAUUUGCAUGUCGGUUUCUCCACUUCUCUCACUACUCUCACACUAGACAAACUGAAAAACGCACAGUGCUCGAUUCGCGGCGAAAGAUGUCGGUGUACGAUGCGACGUUUGUGAACACGGAGCUGUCGAAGAAGACCUCGAUCUUCGGCCUUCACCUGUGGGUGGUGAUCGGGAUAGUCGUCGGAGCAGUCAUUGUGUUAAUUCUCUUUCUAUUGUCUCUCUGCAUCACCGCAUCGCGCCGCCGAAGCAGCGGCAAGGGUAAAGGCAGCCGGCCGGUGAAGCUCUCCGGCGGCGCCGAGAUUACUCCCGUCGUGUCCAAGGAAAUCCAGGAGAUCUUCCACGAGACCUCCGUCUCCGCCGCCGCCGAUCACCGCCCAAUUGGAACUCAGGCUGCUCCAGAGAUACAGAUAGAUAUGGGAAAAGUGGAGCACAGGGUGGUGUUUUCUGAUAGAGGAGCAUCGAGUGGUGAGAGCAGGGCCACGAGUGGGGCUGACACUGUGUCGUUUGGUGGAGGUAGUGGGUCGUUGCCAGAGGUGUCGCAUUUGGGAUGGGGAAGGUGGUAUACUCUAAGAGAACUCGAGGCAGCCUCAAAUGGAUUGGCAGAUGAGAAUGUGAUCGGGGAAGGUGGAUAUGGUAUCGUGUAUUAUGGUGUAUUGGCUGAUAAUACAAAAAUUGCUAUAAAGAAUUUGCUGAAUAACAGGGGUCAGGCUGAAAAAGAGUUCAAAGUAGAGGUUGAAGCAAUCGGGCGAGUCAGACACAAGAACCUUGUUCGGUUGUUUGGCUACUGUGUGGAAGGGGCUUAUAGGAUGCUAGUUUAUGAAUAUGUGGACAAUGGGAAUUUGGACCAGUGGCUUCAUGGAGAUGUUGGGGAAGUCAGCCCAUUGACAUGGGAUAUCCGCGUGAAUAUAAUUUUAGGAACUGCAAAAGGCUUGGCUUAUCUACACGAAGGUCUUGAACCAAAGGUUGUUCACCGUGAUAUCAAGUCCAGCAACAUAUUGCUUGACCGUCAAUGGUAUCCAAAGUUGUCAGAUUUUGGGCUUGCCAAACUCUUGAAUUCAGAGAGCUCGUAUGUGACAACUCGAGUAAUGGGAACAUUUGGAUAUGUUGCUCCAGAAUAUGCUUGCACUGGUAUGCUGAAUGAGAAGAGUGAUAUUUAUAGCUUCGGGAUACUAAUUAUGGAGGUUAUUACGGGAAGAUCUCCUGUUGAUUACAGCCGGCCACCUGGAGAGGUUAAUCUGGUUGAGUGGCUGAAAACGAUGGUUGGAAACAGAAAGUCGGAGGAGGUAGUGGAUCCCAAAUUGGCUGAAAGGCCAGCUUCAAAAGCGCUCAAACGUCUAAUCUUGAUAGCCCUUAAAUGUGUUGAUCCGGAUGCCCAGAAGAGGCCCAAAAUGGGCCAUGUAAUACACAUGCUGGAAUCCGAGGACUUGCUGUCUCGUGAGGAAAAACGAAUUGCUCGUGAAUCUCUGAGUUCCCAACGGGAUGAAAGUCAUCAAGGUUCAGAGCUGAAUAACAAACAAAGCAGCGAAGGUACAUCUGAUAUUAGUGAAGGAGAUAGCAGUAGGAACCGUCACGUGCCUAGUUGGAGAUAGUGCACGGAUUCGUGACUUUCUAUGUAUGAAAAAAAAUUCCCAUGCUUAUUUAUACCGUUUCAUCACCUGUUCCAUUCUAUCUAUCACCAUUUUUUUUCUAGUUAGUGCCUAAAGCAUUGUUGAUUAGCACUCGCGAAAUGAAUGAUUCAUUCUUGAUCCUCUUUAUAGAAAGAAACGAUAGCAAUUUGUUUCACAUUUCUUUCGACUUAAUUGAGGAUGGAUGUUUCAGACACCGGGAAUAGCAAUACACACUCGGCCUUGACAGAGACGGGCAAGUAAGGUACGCAUAUUAUGACGAUGCUUGUAUCAUGCUUGCGCGGUGUAUUAGCAUUGCUUGUAGGAUUAUGCUUAGGAGAAUAUCCUAGUAGUAGUGCAGAUGAAGUAUGGUGUAUUGCAUAUUAUGUUUGUCGUUGUUGGGUGAUUGCUGCUGUGUAACUAAAUUAGGUGAGAUAUUUUUAGUAAAGUGGAAUGUUUUAUUUA